AUGGAACUGAACGAGAAUCAUCACCCUCAGUCGAUAAAAUCGACGGAUGGUCGUGUUCCACACACUGUAACAGGACCUUCCAGCGUAACGGGGGGUGUGCCAGGAUCGGCAGCAGCGGCCGCCGCGGCAUCAUCUGCCUAUCACCAUCAGCAGUACUCACAAACUCCUUCGCAUCAUCUAGCGUCCGGUUAUGCUGCUACCAUGAUGGACCACCAUCAUCAUCAUCAUCAUCAGAUGAAAGAUCCUUACUAUCAUCAUCAUCAUCAUGGUAGGCACUACACCGAUCCGUAUGCUGCGAUCCACCACGAGCAUGGCGGUGUUGCGUAUCAUGCAUCACCUCACGGCCCACCACCUCCUGCGCCGUCGGCCUUAGGCUCAAUGCAUUCACAGCAUUCCUACCCGCACCACCAUCAUCAUCCGCAUCAAAAUCCUUAUGGGCAUUCGUAUCAUCACCAGCCAUCAGCGACCUACCCCGGACCGCAAACAACGGCCAGUAUGCAUCAUCAUGGUCAUCAUGCUAUCCAUCAUCCGGGCCAGCCCUCAACGAUGGGACAAUACGGCAAUAACCCAGCGCAACAAUAUCCGGGAUAUGGACAAAUUGCUGGAACUACCGUUCAGUUACCAUCAAGUGGACACUAUGCUGCGGGACCUUCCACGAUCCCACAUCAUCAUAAUGCACCUUUGAGUACAGAUGACAUUGCGUAUCGGGGAGAUAAAGACCACAGUGUCAUGGGACUAAAUGCGCCUGGAAAUGAAGAUUCUGCAAUAACUGACGCAGGGCCUACGAUACCACCUACUAAUAGCUCGCUAGCAAAUCCUGCAUCGACGAUUAUUCCUUCUACUGCCAGUUGUGGUAGUAGUACACCUGGCGCAAAUAGUGGAAAACGAAAGAUCGAAAUUCUUGAUAACAUAUUGAUAAAGAAAUCCAAAAAUAUACCAUCUGAGGGUGGAUUGAAUAUUAGCAACAUGAAUAGUAACAGUAACCACACCAAUGCAUAUUGUCAACCUUCAGAUCCGGGUCUCAGUGGUGGUACGCACUCAUCUGGAGGAGACAGUAACAAAUCUUCCUUUCAAAUAUCAAAUAUACUGGAUGAUAAAAACGCCAAACAAUCAUUGUCCACUACUACUGUACCCUUUUCAGCGUUGGAUGGAGCUAACGUUACAAUGCAACAUCAUGUGCAUACAACUGGGCAUAAUGAACGUUCCAAGAAAGGCAAUGAAUCGAGUCAGUAUCACCAUCACGGUAAUGCUGGAGGUAGUUCGAAUAGAAAGACGUCGAAAGCAACGAAGAGUGGGGACUCUUCUAAAAAUGAUCGUGCUGGUUCAUCCACAAACGCUCCGUUAUGUCUCAUUGCAUCGGAAGCAACGUCUGAACAUCAACAACAAACAACGACGACACAACAUAUGGACUUCGAUAUAUCCGAGAAGCUGAAAGAGAUGGGAGAGAUCAGUGUGAAACCGGUAUCUAAAACAGAUGCGAGUGCCAAAUCUCGUACCAGUGAAUUGGAGUGUAACGAAGAGAUUUCGCUAGAAAUAACCAAAAAGGAUGCAGCUAUGCGUAAGGUUACGAAUCUGCGUAAGAACAUCAAGGAGGUGAUGGAUGAUAAUCAACUGGAUGCAUCUACAUUGGCAGCGCAGCGGCAAGAGUUAGAACGGUUAGCACGUGUUCAAGAACAGCAACGAAUCAUUCGCGAAGUCCAGCGUCAGCUUGCUCUGGAACGACAAACGAACAAAACCGAACAGAAGGUGAUGCAGUUUUUGCAGGGACAUGCCUCGAUUCUAAAAUCUCAACAGCCAAGCACUUCCAGUACAACAGCGAGUGCCUCAGGAAGUGGGAUUACCUCUACGACUCCAAUACGCGUCGGGUACGUUAAGAAUCCGUUCGAAACACGUGGUCGCCCUCCGAAGAAUCGCCAAAUGACGAUUUCUACCGCUACUACGUCGUUACUCACAGCUACCACUUCGUCCUCAUCGACAACGACUGCGACGACGAAUUUGACUCCCUCUGUCAGCAUUGCUCCAGUAAAAACAUCGUCAUUGACUUCGACGUUAGCGGGGACUAGCAUCUCGUCAGCGAUACCAGCAACUGCAUCAUCUCCUACAGUGAUUCCAGUACGUACGUUGGAAGAAAUGGUGGACUCUGAGGAGGAGCUAGAACCUGAAGAUGAUCCUGAGGAUGAGGAUGAAGAUAGUGAAGGCGAGGUGAUUGCUCUGCCAGAAAAGAAGGAAAUAGUUACAAUCGACAGCUCGUCUGACGAUGAUUGUAUUGUGCUUUCGGAUGAUGAUGAAGAACCGGAAGAUGAAUCGGAUGAUGAUCCGCAGAAUAGUGGUCUCCAUGUAAACGACACUUACAAUGUACCGGAUGAGCUUGGUCGUGUUGUUAUCAAUGUAGGACAUGCCGAUGGAGAAGACGACAUAUUCCUGGCGCCGCAAAUUGCACGCAUCAUCAAGCCACAUCAGAUUGGUGGUGUAAGGUUUCUGUUCGAUAAUAUUAUCGAAUCGAUCGAGCGGUAUGAUUCGUCGACUGGCUUCGGGUGCAUAUUGGCUCAUUCGAUGGGGCUUGGUAAAACAUUACAGUUAGUUUGUUUCUGUGAUAUAUUUUUAAGGCAUACCAGCUCGAAAACAGUCCUAAUUAUCAUGCCUAUCAACACACUACAGAAUUGGCUGAACGAAUUUAACACCUGGCUACCAGAAGAUGCUGAGAACAGUCCUCUACGAAACCACGGGGAUGUGCGUGCUCGUAAUUUUCGAAUUCACAUCUUAAACGAUAGCCACAAAACGCUCAAAUCGCGCUCGAAAGUCGUGCUGGAAUGGGCCAAAAAUGGUGGCGUAUUGCUGAUUGGGUACGAGAUGUAUCGUUUACUGAGUCAGAAAAAGAUGACAAAGAAAAAGAAAAAGAAAAAAGGAGCUAUACUAGAGGAGGAGAAAGAGUCAACUGAAGAACAACGUAACAUGUUCGACGAUAUACACGAAGCGCUUGUGAAACCGGGUCCGGAUCUUGUUGUAUGUGAUGAGGGUCAUCGGAUAAAGAAUUCCCAUGCGAGCAUCUCUGUUGCAUUGAAGCAGAUCAAAUCAAAACGACGUGUGGUGCUGACGGGUUAUCCGCUACAAAACAAUCUGCUCGAGUAUUGGUGUAUGGUGGAUUUUGUCCGACCGAACUAUCUCGGUACGAAGACGGAGUUUAGUAACAUGUUUGAACGUCCAAUUCAGAAUGGGCAGUGCAUUGACUCAACUCCCCAAGACAUUAAACUGAUGCGAUACCGUGCUCACGUACUUCACUCCUUAUUGCUCGGUUUUGUUCAACGGCGAUCACAUUCAGUGCUGCAAACUUCGUUACCACAGAAGGAAGAGUACGUACUGUUGAUACGUAUGACCGAGUUUCAACGUAAACUCUAUAGCGUAUUUAUGAACGAGGUAGUACGAACAAAGGCAGUUCCGAAUCCACUUAAGGCUUUUGCAGUGUGUUGUAAAAUAUGGAAUCAUCCGGAUGUGCUGUACAAUUUCCUCAAGCAGAGCGAACGAGAUUUAGAUCUAGAACUGGAAGAACCAGAACCACCACCGAUACCGGGAGUCGGCAAGCCGGGAGAAAUUCCAUUAACAGGACUUACGCCUGCAACAUCAGGAACUGUCACUCCAAUGGAGAUCGAUAAUGGUGGAGUUGCUAGUAGUGUUACUAGUGACAUCAAAGUGAACACGAUGGAAGUAUCACCGACAUUGUCCACCGUAACAACAUGUGCUACUAAGGCAGGGCGUAAAAACGCGGCUGUACCAAAGCCGGCUAAACCGCUUGCAUUGAAGAAAGAUGGUACCCCACGAAAACCACGCACUUCUAAAAAGGCUGCGUUGAAUAACAAAUCACAAGCUGUGGGAAAAGAUGGAAAAAUCGUACCAGCAGCCACUAUCAGUCCGAGCAAUGUAAAUAAGGAUCCAAAUCCGAUAUUAAUGGACACGGCCGCUGCAAACUCUGUAACAUUUUCAAAGAUUGAAGAAGGUGGUGUUGUGUCCGAUUUCACCAACAAUGAAAGGCUGGUGAAGCAAGAAGCAGAUGGACACAUGUACGCACAACAAGCAAUUGGUUCACAAUACCAGACAACUUCCGGUAUUGGUGUUUAUGCUUAUCAGGCUUAUCCUGGGACGGAUCCUGUACAACCUACUCAUGCUUAUGGAGAUUAUAAUCAAGACAUUAACAAUAUGAUAAGAUCAGAUCAAGCAAAUACCUACGGCAACACGUAUGAUGUUACUGGUGCGAAUGAACAGUAUAGCGGCGAUCCCCCUGUACCAGCAACUGUUGACCCAUACAACAAUGGCUAUGGUAGUAAUUACUAUAGGAAUGACUACUCCACUUCAUACAACCAAUCUUCUGUGUAUGGAAAUGGCGAAACAGGGAUGAACGGAACUAUAGGAUGUGAACAGAAUCAGUAUCCUUACGGGGCAAAUACUGUCGAAGGAGUAAAAAUGUCGCGAUAUCCCAGCAAUGGUGAUGGUGUUUCGGGAACACAAAACUCUCAACCAAACAAUUAUUGGAGUGAUAGUAGUAAUGCUAAUAAUAGUAACACUUAUUUCGAUCAGCAACAACAACAGCCAUCCGUUACUAACGAUACUAAUAAUGGAACAGGAUCGUCCUACGCAGGAUAUAGUACAGGGUAUGAUACAUCUAAUAGUACUCAAACACAAGUAGCCGAAGAUCAGAACGAUAGUUCUAUUUUGUACACUUAUCCAAGUACUACACAGCAAACUACAUCAUCAACAGUAAAUGUUCCAUCCCAACCAACAACAUCGUAUGAUGGUUACAGUUCCUCCGGGACAUUACCAGGUAAUGGAUUACCGAAAUGGAAUGGGGAACAAUCGAGUAAUGGUAAUGAUACUUCUGUUGAAACAAAUACUGAACUUUCCCAAAGUCAAAUAACAAAUUCAAAAGCUAAUAAUCCAGAAAUUAUUCCUCACACUGCAUCCUCUGCAGAUACAGCGAUGACUGCUGCAGAGUCUACGCUGGAUAGUGGGAAGUGUAAUUCAGAUGCCGCUACUGUAACGCAAGAACAAGCUAAUGCUCAGUACGCGAAUCAGCCAUCACUAGAAGAUCUCAAAGACCCUGUCGAACCUGAUCCAUCCGAAGAAAAACCAUCAGAAACAGUUAAUUCGGAAAUGAAAGAGAUAGGAAAGAUAAGAGUGGUGCAUGACAUUAAGCAGGAGAUCAAAGAAGAAACUGAUACAGAAAGUGAUGUCAACCAAGAUAACCAAAUAAAACAAGAAAAAGAAAGUGGAGUGACUAUAAAAAGCGAGAUCAAAAUAGAAGAAAAUAGUGAAACUGUACCAAGUGGUGAUGCGUGUGGAAUGCUAAAUGAUGAUGAUUUGAAACAAAAAACAUCUCUCAUAUUAUCAGACGACGUAAAGCUGACCAAAAAUGAGAAAGAGACAAUAUGUGUCGAAAUUAAAAAAGAGAAAGAAAAAACUUUUUCCGAUUGUACUACUAACCUAUUGGACGGAAAAAUGAUUGAGGUGGAGAUCACCAAAAACCCAAUCGAAACUGGGCCAGAAAUGAACGAAGACGAUAAAACACAAUUGAAAACUACAGAGGAAGAAAAAAAGGCAAUAGAAGAAAAUUUGACGGUAGUUGAGAAAACGGCCAACAUUAAAGAAACUUCGAAAGAAGAUUCAUUAUUCUCGGAAGAAACUAAAACUACUAUGAAGGAGGAGAAAAAUGAAUCAGGAGGAAAAGACAUGUCAACUACAUCAUCCGCUAUUACUACAACGAUAGUGAACCCUUCUACGGCAAAUAUUGCUGGCGGCACCAGGGAAGGUAAAGGAAAAGACGCAAAGGACGAAAUACCGUACGAAUGGGCUUUCGAGCUAAUGAAAGGAUACAUACCAGAUUUGCUAGAAAAUUCUCCAAAAAUGGAAAUUUUCUUUUGCAUAUUAGAGGAAAGCAUUCGGUUGGGCGAUCGUCUACUUGUGUUUAGUCAAAGUUUACUAACGUUAAACUUGAUCGAGCGUUUUCUUCAACGUAAUAAGAUUCCUUGUACUGAAAGCUACUGGUCGAAAAAUAGUAGUUACUUUCGACUUGAUGGUUCGACUGUGGCUCAAGAACGAGAGAAGUUGAUCAAUGAGUUCAACUCCAACCCAAAUGUUCACUUAUUCCUUGUGUCAACUCGCGCUGGUUCGCUGGGUAUAAAUCUGGUCGGUGCCAAUCGAGUGGUAGUGUUUGAUGCCAGCUGGAAUCCCUGUCACGACACACAGGCCGUAUGCCGUGUAUAUCGCUACGGCCAGAAAAAGCCAUGCUUCGUAUAUCGGCUGGUAAUGGAUAACUGUCUUGAGAAGAAGAUUUACGAUAGGCAAAUUAAUAAGCAGGGCAUGUCGGACCGUAUCGUGGAUGAGUGUAAUCCAGACGCGCAUCUAUCCAUGAAGGAGAUUACUAGUCUCUGUUAUGAUGAUGGUGAGGACGGUGAAAUGAAGGAUUUUAGCGAGGAAAAGGAUAAAUUCAUCGACAUAGUCAUGCAAUAUCUGUUGGAGACACACUCGAAAAAGUUGACAAAAGCACCGUUUGCACAUGAGAGUUUACUAAUAGACCGGAAAGAAAAAAAGCUGUCGUCAGCGGAAAAACGUCAGGCACAGCGAGGAUACGAACUGGAAAAACAGGCAGCAACCAAGCCGCAAUACUCGUAUACGUCCAUGGGUACUACUUAUCGGGCGAUACGUACGUCCGAUGGAUCCAUUAUCCAUCGUCCUGUUGCUUCGGUGCGUCCAAUGCAGUCUGGAGAUACUAACAAAACGAAUCUAGCGGGGGCACGUCCAACUCGUUGGAUACCGGCAGAAGUGUGGCAACGUCAAGGCAUGACAGCACAAGAGAUGACACUUCCAAUCGAUGUUGUGAUUCCUACCAGUUCUGCAGACAAGUCGAAUAUUGUACUAAAGGCAGGCCAAAAAGUAAUGGUACUUAAGUCGCCGAAGGGUAUAUACAUGCAGCUGGAAAGUGGUAAAAUUAUUGCUAUCCGAACAGCGUUUAAAGUGGGCCAAAACAAGGAUGCACCCGCAGCAAAAGGAAGUAUCAUUACAACCACGCCGACCUCAUUGACCGGUCGUAGGACGUCUAAUCUAUCGUUCAGCACAUCGAAAGCUUCUUCUACUUUACUGAUAUCCAAGAAUAGCGCCGGUGCUGGUAGUAGUAAUACGGGCGACCUUUCCGAAGGAAACUCAUUGAGCAUAGCGUCCAACUCGGAUGAUGACGAAAAAUCCGAUUCCAGCAUUCUUCCACUCACGAUUAACGACGAUGGCGAUAGCGAAAAGGAAUCAAUGAGUGUAGAUGAUUAUCCUGAUAAGCCCGUGUCCAAAAAAGAUGCUGACGUUGAACAUAUCGUGAGCGAAAGGACGACGGACACGAUGAUGAGUAGUACGAGCAGCACAAGUAAUAGUAGUGGGAUGACAGUACCCACAACGACGUCGUCCUCUGCGUCAUCUUUUACGAAUGCAUCUCACGCUAAAAGUGGUUGCGCACCGAUGAGUGAAACAAUAGACAAAUUCCCAAUGAUACAGUCAGCUUAUUCCCUGGCUCCUCAAGCAGAUAGUCAUCCCGCUCACAGUUCAAGUUCCGGCGUCCUACCAUUACAUGCUUCCCCAUCGACUACCGUCACCAUUGAUGACGAUUCUCCUCCGAUGAGAGAAAGGAUGACUUAUAAACCAAACCUGGUCGAACGUAAAACAAAAGUAGCACCAUCGUCGUUGAAGAACUAUCGUCAUAAGGCAAACAAGGUUCAAGAAAUGACUGCAACAAACACUACAGUCGCACCAACACCAAUGAGCAACGCUGUAGUAGUCUCGGCCACCAAUGUUGUUACUACAAUGGUGGUUAGUCAUUCGAGCGUCCCAAACAUUAAUAAUAGUACACUGGGUGCUAAGGCAAAUGAGGUUACAAAGAACAACCCCAGUAGUGCUGCUACCCCUGAAACAUACAAUGUAGAUGGCAGUGCAAAUACGCUCAAAAGCUUAUAUCAUCCAACAAAGAUGAUAAGCGAUGAUAAGGUGUUAGCAGAUCAUAGCAUUAAUAAUAUAACGACUACUGAAGUUUUUGGUCAAGGAAACGGAUCAAUUGUAUACUCAACAACUGCUCACGCGAUUCAUUCUGGUAACAAGUUACCUAUUACAAGUACUACUGCAUCGUCAUCUUCAGAACCGAUGACGACUGGUUCCGAACAGUAUGCUGCAAGUCAUCAGACAAUGUCUAGCUCUCCUCAUACAAACUACACAGGACAAACGAUACCAGUAACAGGAUCGUUGGUUGAAAAGAAUCAAAGUCAACAGUCCGCUGUUAGUCAUCCUGGCGUGACUUUCCCUUCGGCUUGCAACACCUCUGCGGGAAACAGUAGUGUUUGUAAAGAAUAUCCCCCGUGGAUGCCUUACGGUACAUCCACCGGAAGUUCUAGUCCUGGAUCGGCAAAUAAUACGAUCAUGUCUCAUUAUGGUCAGUUAUCCCAGCAACAACAACACAUGCAUACGCAUGGCAACCUUUCGCAACAGGCGCAACCCCAUUACCACCCAAUGGGUGGUCAGAUGCAGCAUCGAUUACCUCAUGAACCACCUAUUCAUCAUCAUCUGGGAUUGCAUCAACAUCAAACAGGUGGUGUUCAGUCUUUACCACCGCCACCUCAAUACGAAUCCAGCCUAAACUAUCUCGAAAAAACUACAUCCGCAUUGAUUAACAACCAGAAUCAAAGCGAAUUUCAAGCCUCAUUAAGCAACAUUACUCGUUCUCCUACUCCUACCGAUGGGUACAUCGACUACAAUCCGAAAUCAACAACCCUAGCAUCUGCGAAGAAGGUAGUAGCUGGUAGUAAAAGCAAAACUCUUAAGGCUCCCAAAAACGAUUAUAAUGCUGCCAAGAAGACACACAAUAAGCGGAAUAAUCCAUCACCCUACACACACAUCUCAUCAUCGUCCGCAUCGUCUUCUCCGUCAGCAUCGCCGGCAGUAAUCAACCACACCCAAAAUGUUACUACCAUUCCAGCUCCAUCAACCGCUGUCCCUAGCACAUACCAUAGCUAUCAUACGGGAGCAGGAACUGGACCAUCGCCGGUAAAGACUUCAGUAACGCCUGUUUCUACGAUAGGUGUUAAUCCAUCUUCUGGUCUCUAUUGCGAUCAAUACGGUCAACCAACUAAUCAUCAUUCGCAACAGUUGACUGGAGGAUAUGGGUCAAACACCAUAAUAGCAGCCUCAGCUACAGGAGGUAGUACGAAUAAUGGUCAUGUACUAGCAUCAUCGCAAACACCAACCGUAGGUGGUUAUGGAAACGUGCAUCCUCCCAUGUCAUCAUUUACUGGCCCUUCAUACACAUCGACCAGUAACAGCACGACAUCUACGACUACCGUCCGUUCAAACUAUUAUCAAUCAACGGGCGUCACUGAAAGUAGCAGCACUCCUGCAGAAAUGAAUUCUACUACGCAACAAACAUCAAUGCUUUCAACGGACACGUCAGCAGCAAGCUACUUACAACAGCCGACAACGGAAAUACAGUCUCAUCGUCCCGUUUCACCGUCGCAAACCAUUGCACCAUAUUAUUCACAACCUCAUGUCCCGAUAAGCUCAACGAUGUCUUCCAGAAGCAGCAGUGCAAGAGCAUCAUCAAUUGCGUCACAACACCACCAGCAUCUUGCACAUAAUAUGCAACAAGAACAGCAUCAGCAACAUCCCAUUCAAUCACAACAGAACACCACUCAUCUGCAGCAUCCACCACCACAGCAAACAACUCCGGUGCCUGCAAUACAUCCCGACUAUUCAAUCCACACGCAGUCAGCGAUUCCUUAUGGGCCGAUGGGAGCCACACCGAUUCCUUCUACUCCAGAUGUGGGAAACACUUCCUCAAACGCGGCUCCUCCUGCCGAUGUGUACCAUCAACAGCACCAUGCGUCUCAUCAGCAACCUCUACAGCAGCAGCAGCAUCAACAUCUACAACACGCUGCAGAAGUUUCUACCCCAGGAUCUUAUAUACAUUACUCCUCAACGCCAUCGUCUACUGCGGGAUACGGUGUCCCAGCAGUUGCCGUCGCGAGCCAAAAUGCUACGACCACUACCAAUGCGGCUUCUGCCGCACCGUCGGGUGGUGGGACUGCCGGUAACACUACUAAUGGAUCCGCUUUCCAUCGCCCGGAAAGUGCGAUAACAAUUGGGAAUGUAGCAUCCUCCCCUACUGUAGCCCCACCUGUAUCCACUUAUGACACUCCGCCGACGUAUAUUCCCAAUGCAAACGCACCAACCACGGCCUACCAUCAGUAUCAUCACACACCUUACCAAUCGUCGCAGUACCAUCCUCACCACCAGCCACAGGGUUACUAUCCUCCACCGCCACCGUCAUCAGCCUACUCAUACUAUCCUCCAUCGGCAGGACCGUACGGAACGGGCCAGCCACCUCUAACCGGUCACGGAAUGGCACCAACGGACUCACAAUAUCACACAUAUCCACCUCCCCCACCGGUGUCUGCGGCAACUCCUGUUACAGCAAGCAACUACAGCUAUCCACCGUACCCAACUCAACCAAGUGUUGGACAAUGGCAAUAAGAUCGGGAUAAUCGGAUUCUACAUAGAGAAGCGGAUUCUACAUAGAUUUAUGUUUAAGCGUGAUUUGUGCGUACGUGUCUAGCUAGUGUGCAUAUGUACAUACGGUAAUAUUAUAUUUAUAUCCUCGCACUCGUCAUAUAAAAAUCUUCAGCUGUUCAGCACAUGGUCGACGAUCGUUGUGUUGUUUAGUACGUCAGAUGGUAUUAGAAAGACUACCGUUACUAGCAAUUGCAAUCUAUUACAAUUAGUACUACAUGUUGAACCCGAUUGAUAGUACUAUAGGUACUAUUUCUACAACUAAAUACCUAUGAUAAUUAAUUACGAAACCAUCCUAUCGACUUAUUGAAUGCAUAGCUUGAGCGGCACAUGUUCCUAUAACGAUCAUCUGCAAAUCGCAUAUUGCGGUAACACAAUAAAAAUUAAACCGACCAGAAUACGAAGUAACCAUUGAAUCGAACACCAGUUAUGCUUGUAAUUAUCUAUAUUUAGAAGCUAAAACGUUUACGUAAGCAUUGAAAUCUAGACCAUAUGUCCAGCACACCGUUGAUCUUGCUUAAUCGCUGCGUGAGCAACAAAUGCAACAGGUGCGAUUUCAGUAUUAUUUCAUUGGGAAUCACUAGAUGCUUUAGUGUUUUUGUCGAUGGCGGGCAUAGAGUAUUCGUACUUCAAAGUCAGUAAUCAAUUGUAUAUAUCUGCAUAUAUGAAUGUUUCGGCUGCAUAGAAUUUCUCGGUAUAUACAAAAAUUAGCUGUAGUCGUAAGCAUAGACGCUAGAGCGAGUGUUUGAAAAAAGGAAAUGCACACGCUAGUUGUAGAGUAUAUAUUAGCCACAUAUCAGCUAGAUUCAAUCUGACUGAAAGUUUUGAAAUUAAGGAUUCUUACUGUGCAAUUUAAAAUUGUCCUUAGAGUAUUAUUAAUGGGCGUUACGUUUGAGUUGUAUUUGGUUCAAAAUGGAGACGUUUCAGAUGCUCUUUGCUUCAACUACCAACAGUUAUCGUAUAGUAUCUCGACAAGGUCAUGUUUUCUUUAUGUUUCGAAUUGUGCUAGAAUGCGUUUCUAGAACGUUUAGAUGUAGUGAACCAUAGCGUUAUAAAGUCAAAUCAAAUAUUUGAACAUUGAACUAAUAAACACUAGCAUCAUUCGUUUGCUAUAAUUCUGUAAUCUAGUGAACACAGAUAGACGAACUUGUGGUAAUCUUCCACAACAAAUAAAAUAGCGAUCUGGUAACGUUCGACAUAUUCGAUUUAACCAAAAUUGUAGACUAAGCAUCUAUAUACUUAAAUAAAUCAAACCAUCGCGGAUAGCAAUUGCUGUCCUGCGAUACGCGGAACAUCCGACGCCACUGAGUUUGUUCCAAAUACAUGUUGAUGCAAAACUUAUUUCAAUGCAAAACUCCACAUGAUAAGCAGUAUACUAAAUAAAAAGUGAUAAGUGUUGUAAACAAAAGAAAAUAUAAAACAAAUAUUAGCGUAUUGCUGCAGCUUGCAUACUGCAUGACGUAUUAAAAUAGACUAAAAUUUUCAGAAAAUAGAAUACAGUUGAAUCAUUAGAAAACUAACUUAUUGAAAUGUAAUGAUUUGUUUAUGCUAGCAUUAUUAUUAAUUUCAAGUACCUUUUAAGGGAGAUAUUUUUGUUCGCAGUGAUGCGAAGUGUCCAAUCGGGCAAAAGGAAUACGGUGUUCUAGCAUUAAUCGUAUGAUGAAAACGAAGCACACUGUAACAUUUGUUCCAGUUCCAGCACAAGCUUUCCAGUAAUGGCGCAAAAUGAAAG